UCUUGACUACAACAAUGCAAUCAUGCUCCCCAACUCCUCUGAUGACAAUCUCAAACCUUCCCAUCUCGACAAGCAUCAGGAGAGCUGCUGCAUUCUGCCCAAAGGCUUACACCAAAGACCUUCACUUUAACCACGACUUCUCUGCAACGAAGAAGCUCAAGGCUGGGGUGGACUUGGCAGCGAACUUGUUGGGCGUGACGCUGGGUCCAAAGGGGAGGAAUGUGGUGUUGGAGAACAAAUACGGGCCUCCGAAGAUUGUUAAUGAUGGGGAGACCGUCCUCAAAGAGAUUGAAUUAGAGGACCCACUGGAGAAUGUUGGAGUUAAGUUGGUGAGACAAGCUGCUGCUAAAACAAAUGAUCUUGCUGGCGAUGGCAGCACGACUUCAAUUGUUCUUGCUCAAGGUCUCAUUUCUGAAGGCGUGAAGGUACUUGCUGCUGGGAUGAAUCCUGUUCAAGUUGCUCGUGGAAUUGAGAAGACCGCAAUUGCUCUCGUUUCUGAACUCAAGUUGAUGUCAAGGCAGAUUGAAGACCACGAAAUCGCUGAUGUUGCAGCAGUUAGUGCUGGCAAUGACUACACUGUAGGAAACAUGAUUGCUGAUGCUCUUAGACGAGUCGGCAGAAAAGGUGUAGUUAGAGUUGAGAGUGGAAGAAGCACAGAGAACAAUCUGGAAAUACUAGAAGGAAUGCAAUUCGAACGUGGCUAUCUGUCACCUUACUUUGUUACUGAUCGUGCAAAUAUGUCAGCAGAGUUGAAUAACAGCAAGAUACUAUUGGUUGACAAAAAAAUCACGACUCCUAAGGAAUUGUUCAGGAUAUUGGACAAUGCGGUACAAGAGGACUAUCCAAUCUUGAUAAUUGCAGAGGGGAUUGAAGAGGAUGCUUUGACUCCAAUAAUUAGAAACAAACUCAAAGGUGUGCUGAAGGCAGCUGCUAUUAAAGCUCCUGCAUUUGGAGAGCGCAAGAGCGACUACUUAGAUGACAUUGCUAUAUUGACUGGAGGUAAAGUAGUUAGAGAUGUGAUGGGAUUAACUCUUGAAAAAGCUGGAAAAGAGGUUUUAGGUUCUGCUGUCAAAGUUGUAAUCACCAAGGAUUCGACACUAAUUGUUACUGAUGGGAGCACCCAGAGUGCAGUAGAGAGGAGGGUUUCUCAACUAAAAAGUCUUGCUGAGAACUCUGAAGAAAAGUUUGACAAGAAAAUAGUAAACGAGAGGAUAGCAAGGUUGUCUGGUGGGAUUGCAAUGCUUGAGGUUGGUGCACAAACACAAGUUGAAUUGAAGGACAAAAAGCUAAGAAUUGAAGAUGCUCUCAAUGCAGCACGAGCAGCCAUUGAGGAAGGUGUUGUAGUUGGUGGUGGAUGUAGUCUAUUAAGGCUGUCUACUAAGGUGGAUCGCAUCAAGGAUUCUUUGGAUAAUGAAGAACAGAAGAUUGGUGCAGAAAUAUUUAAAAGGGCUUUAAGUUAUCCUACAAAGUUGAUUGCAAAAAAUGCUGGUGUCAAUGGGAGCGUUGUUGUAGAGAAGGUGUUGUCCAUUGAUGAUGUAAGAUAUGGUUAUAAUGCAGCUACCAACUGUUGUGAAGACUUGAUGGCUGCGGGAAUUUUAGAUCCAUCCAAGGUAGUCAGGUGUUGUGUGGAGAAUGCUGCUUCAGUUGCCAAAACUUUUAUUACAUCUGAUUUGGUGGUUGUUGAUGCAAAUGAAGAUCUGCCCACUCCUUAUCGUACUCCCAUGCCAACUUCGAAUUUUAAGCCUGCUUCUUCUUCGAAUUUUAAGCCAAGAUCAGUUAUUCCUUUCUAGCCGGCUGGUGGAGAUGCUUCAGCUGUGCAGUCAUUUGCUGUACCGUUCUCAGUCUUCUCCAUCCAUUUUGCACGUCAAACUUUUAAUUGAGGAAGUUGGAGCUAGAAGAGAGAUUUCUCGGAGGAUAAUGGAUUAAGACAACUCAACCACAAUAUGCAGCUACCCGUGACAUGGCAAUUGGAGGAAUGAGAGCUACGCGAGAGAAGGUACGGCUCCACACCCUGUUGCCCGAGAAAGGAUGUUGUUCUCCUUUGUAAAUUAUGCUUUUUAUGUGGAUGCUCAUGUGUGUUUCUCUUGAGUAAAUAGACCAUGAAAGAUGAUCAGAACAUAUAAUUCUAUGGAAUUUUAUGAAAUAAUGAUUUUUUCCCCCGCA